AUGGCGUUGACAUAUCGAGCUAAAGUUGUAAAAUAUAUCCUGUUAUGUUUGAAUAGCUUUCUUUUCUUUGUAGGUUUGUCUGGCAUCGUUACCUGUUAUUGUACCAAUCGCAAUAAAGAAGUGGUCUUUGAAAAUAUAAACAAAUUAAAUCCGACUGAUAACCAAUUUCACGACUACAGAUUAACAGCCAGUGCUUAUCUUCUGGUUUCUUCUACUUUGAUAAUGCUAACUUUGACCAUCUUGGGCUAUUGCGGAACGUUGAAGGAACUGAAGUUCUUGCUUGUUGUCUACGUUUUCUCCAUGGCAUUUAUUUUGGCAAUUGAGUUAUCUGCUUUUCUGUUAAAUGUCAUCACUAUGUCAACAAUCGAAUAUUCCAUGAAAGACACUUUGGAAAACAUAAUAAAAAAUGCGACAUUGAAUAAUACUUUGAAAGAGCAAAUUAAAAUGUUCCAGAACUUAACAAAAUGUUGCGCCAUUAGUCACAGAGAUAAGGAAUUGAAUUCUACCGCAAAUUGCGAUGUCUACACACAAGACUGUUACGAAAAAAUUUCGUAUAUCCUAACUGAAAAUGACGCAGUUGUUUCAACCUUUUCUUUCCUAAUUUUUACCAUUCAAUGUGCUCUAAUGGUAUUAGCCUACGUUUUUCUAAGUUCCAUAAGCAUUCGCCAAGGACACUAA